AAUGAGUGAAGAUCACGAGAAUAACAACUUCCGGUUACCAGCUCACCAUAUAUUGUUAAUAAAUUUUCUUGAAUUUUACAGCUUUCUGACAUUAUUUAUAAAAACUAAAGAUGGCUUUAAGUGACCAAGAUGUGCAGAAACAGAUCAAGCAUAUGAUGGCUUUCAUCGAACAAGAAGCCAAUGAAAAAGCAGAAGAAAUUGAUGCCAAGGCGGAAGAAGAAUUCAACAUUGAGAAAGGACGUCUGGUGCAACAACAGAGAGUAAAGAUUAUGGAAUAUUAUGAACGCAAGGAGAAGCAAGUAGAACUCCAGAAAAAAAUACAGAACUCCAACUUACUUAACCAAGCUAGAUUACGUGUGUUGAAAGCCAGAGAGGAUCAUUUGAAGACAUUGAUAGAAGAAGCCAGGAAACAGCUUGGUAGAAUUACAAGUGACAAAGCCAAGUACCAGAAGUUGUUAGAGGGACUUAUUGCUCAGGGGCUGUUCCAGUUGUUGGAAUCAGAAGUGACACUAAAAUGUAGACAACAAGAUAUUGAUUUAGUUAGGGAUGCGUGGCCAGCAGCUGUAGAGAUGUACAGAAAUGCUACAAAAGGCAAGAAAGAUGUGAAAAUAACUGUGGAUACUGACAAUUUCCUACCAGCUGAUGUGUAAGUCUCUUGUUAGAUAAAUAUUCAAACAAAUUACAG